UUGGUAAUAUGCAAAGUAUUUGUUACAGGCCCGAGAUGUCGGAGGGUGCAGAGGAGGUCGAAGCCUGAAGAGAAACGACCUCGGACAGCAUUUACGGUCGAUCAGCUGGAACGUUUGAGAAGGGAGUUCCAGGAGAGUCGCUACCUCACUGAAAAACGACGUCAAGAACUAGCCAAAGAACUGGAAUUGAACGAGACUCAGAUUAAGAUAUGGUUUCAGAACAAACGAGCCAAGAUCAAGAAACAGACCAGCAGCUGUAACAGCCUGGCGGUUCAUCUGAUGGCCCAAGGACUUUAUAACCACACCACUACUGCAAAAUCGACGGAAGACUCUAAAGAUUGA